AUGGCAGCGCAGCCGGCACAGCCGCAGGAGUGGGCGGCGGUGGAGCAACAACCGGAGGUGUCGCGGUCCGUCAUCACCUCCGCGAGUGACCGGCUAAUUGAACAGGCACGCCUAGGCUUUCCUACCAUCAACCCAGCGGAUUUGUCGAGGUUUGCUGACUUUGGCAAGGAGACGGUGACGGUGGUGGCGGUGGGGAAGGGCAGCGUGGGCAAGAGCGCAACGCUGAACGCGCUGCUGGGGGAGCGCCUCUUCCCCACGUCGGGCUUCCAGGCGUCCGCGCAUCUGCGCGAGGCCGUGCGCCAAUACGGCGGCGCCACGUUGCACGUCAUCGACACGCCCGGCCUCGUCGACGCCGGCACCGUCAACCGCGCCGCGCUCGACGCCAUCAUGCACGCGUUGGUGGGGCGCACGGUGGACGUGUUGCUGUAUGUGGAGCGGCUGGACGCGUACCGAGUGGACACCAUCGACGCGCUCGUCGCUCAGGGGAUCUCCAACGCCUUCGGACCCCAGAUCUGGAAGCGUGCGGUUGUGGUGUUGACGCGUGCGCAGCUCACCCCAUCCGACGGGCGCCCCUUCCCCGACUUCGUGGCGGCGCGCAGCGAUGCGCUGCUCGCCAUGAUCCGCAAGCAGGGUCGGCUGGGGAGGAACGACGAGGUGCCAGUGGCGCUAGUGGAGAGCAUGGAGGGGCGCUGUCGAACCAAUGACGACGGUGACAAGAUCCUACCAGAUGGCCGGGCAUGGUUCCCGUGCCUAGUGGAAGCGCUGGUGGCGGUGGCGCUGAGGCGGCAGCCGGUGGUGCGCGUGGACGAGCGCAUGGCCAGGGGCUUCAACCCCAACCGCGCCGGCAAGCUGCUCAUCCCCUUGCUGCUCGCCCUGCAGGUCCGUGCCUCCACACACCAUCCUUGCACCUUCCUCCUUGCCCCCCCCCCUCCCUCCCCCUUCAACCCCAACCGCGCCGGCAAGCUGCUCAUCCCCUUCCUCCUCGCCCUGCAGGUCCGUGCCCCGCCGCUCCCCCCUCCCUUGCACCCUGCCCUCCCCCCCUUGCACCCACCUCCUCCACCCUUCCCCGUUCCAUCCCGCCCUCCCCCCCUACUUGCACCCCUUCCUCUCCUCCCUCCCCCCCUCCCUUCCCAACCCCCCCCCUCAUCUCUCACCCUGCCCGCAUUUCACCCUUACCCGUAUUUCUCACCCUUCCCGCAUCUCUCACCCUACCCGCAUCUACUCCCACGUGCCCUCAUCUCCCACCCCACUGGCAUCCCCCACCUGCCUCGGUGUCUCACUGCAUGCGUGCAGGUGGUGCUGGUGGCGCUGCCACUGAGGAGGGCCAUGGAGUGGGACAAGUCAGAGGAGAAGCGGCACCGGCCGCGGUGGGAGGAGGAGGCGGAGGACUACCGCCGCUCCUCCGCUGCUGCUGUCGCCCGCCGCCGCAUCGCCGCCUUCCAGCAGCAACAGGGCAAGGCCAACCCCAAGUGA